AUCAUCCUCAUCCUCGCCUGCGCAGCCCUCAUCACCUUCUCAUGUGCAGCCCUCAUCAUCCUCAUCCUCGCCUGCGCAGCCCUCAUCACCUUCUCAUGUGCAGCCCUCAUCAUCCUCAUCUUCUCCUGCUCCACCCUUAUCUUCACCUUGUGCUGCAUCAACACCUGUGGUUCACUCAUCACAGGCGUCUGAGACCCUCUCAUUAAGGAAGAUAUCCUCUUUAAGGCCAACAAGAAAAAGACAGUAUUCAGGAAGUGCCGUCUGUGAUACAGACUACAGCGAUGUCACAGACUACAGCGAUGUUGACUAUAUACCAAAAAUCAGCUCAGAUGAUUCGGAUGGUAGUUCUUCUGGACAUGACAUGGUCAAAAGUGCUUUGAUACAUCCAACAUCUCCCAAAGAGGCAGGUAGUUUAUCUGAUCAAUGUAUGACCGCACCAUCACCUAAAAAGAUGAAAUGCCAAUCUAAAGAGACAAACACCUCGUCUGGUGAUAAGACUUUUAUUCAGUCAAUGCCAUCACCUAAGCAGGAACGCAAGACGUACAACAAAAAGCAGUAUUGCCUUUAUUGCUCUAAGCCAUAUUCAAAAAUGGCCAGACACCUUGAAUUUGUCCAUCGCAACGAAGUGGGGGUUGUAAAGGCAGUAGCAUUUCCAAAACAUUCCAAAGAAAGACGAGUCCAGUUAAACCUCCUUAGAAAAAGGGGCAACUUUGCCCACAACACCGAUGUGGUGAGACAAGGACAUGGGGAGAUGAUUGCCUGCUACCGUCCAAAAAAUAGUCAAAGAGCCAAUGAAUUUAUUCACUGCAUUUACUGCCAAGGGCUUUAUAACAAGCGUAGCCUUUGGAAACAUAUCAAAAACUGUCCCCUGAAACCAAUAAAUGAGGAUGCCCAGGGCAGGAAAAGAGUUCGAUCCCUGUGUGCUCUAAACACACCAGUGGGCUUAGAAGUGAGCAAAGGAUUCAAGAAAGUACUCUCCUUUAUGAACUAUGAUGAAGUUUCGCGUGUAGUUCAUACUGACAGAUGCAUCAUGCAGCUGGGGGAGCACAUGUUCAACAGGAUGGGGUCUGAUCAAGGAAGAUUACCCCACUGA